AACCAGGCCAUUUCUUGCUGGGAUAAGCCGCGCCUGGGUCGCGAUGCACAACCUCAGGAUCUGACAGUGUGCACUCGCACAUUUCUCCCAUACGGCACGCUGUUUACAUCGUGUGUCAUGUACGAAGGCCAAGAUUGAGAAGACCAUCCGGACCGUCUGGUGGAAAAACACAACAGAUCCGAAUCACGAUCCAGUGGCCCAUGACAAUCACAGCAGGCGAGGCGAGAGGUCACUGGCACCCCCCGCCUGGCUCCGCUCGUGCAUCUACAGCCCAGCCUGGGACUCUGACUGCCCAGGUCGAGUCACGUCCUGACUCGGUUUCCUUCAGCUGGACCGCCGAAACGGACGGUUGGGAGAACAAGCUUGUGGUUGCGCGUGGGUGACGAUCUGGGUCUGCAUCAAGGAACUCGGCAGCAAAGCCGCCCUGACCUGCAAAGGGGGGGGGGGAGACGGCGCCAUCCUCCCGCCGCGCAGAGAAUUCCCACCCACUCGCUAGCCUUGCUGUUCGCCAUCAGGCAAUCAUACCAAAAAGGCCAGCAGCACCCGACGACCCAGGUGUAUUGUAUACCGAGUAUAUACAUGCCCACCCGGACCUUACGUAUCGCACCUGGCGCUCACCCUAGGCCAGCACCGCCCCAGGAACACGCACUUGCCGUCGCCUUGCUAGGCCGAGAUGCAUCUCCCGUCGACGCCACCACUCGUUGCGUGUCCCAUUUCUAAGCUGCGUUCAUAGAGGUCGGACUCGAUAUGAAGUUCGCUCACGAGUUCAAGGAGACCCUCGAGCGGGAGGCCUUCCCUGACCACUGGCUCUCCGCCGCCAUACCUUAUUCGCAGCUCAAGAAAUGCCUGAAGAAGGUCCAGCGCGAGCUGCAGGAACUCGGCCUUGACAACAGCACUUUGCAACAGCUGCGGGCUGCUCAGACCGUGUCUGCUGACGGCAUACCCGUCCCCAUGGCACGGUACAACCUCGACCAUGCCCCUUCCCAGUCGCUGCGCCCAUGUCUGUCCGUCUUCGUCCACCUCCAGGACGGCCAGCCUGUCGAUGCUGGCCUUUCUCCUGCCUCGAGGGAGCUCCUACACAGGCUGUCCGGCAGGCAUCCCCCCCUUCCCCCCUCAGGCCAGGGCCCAGACGCCGUGGCCCAGGACGAUGCACCACGUAUGGCUGAGGGGCAUUUGGCGGGAGCCGAGGCUGGCCUCGAGCGCAUUGAGAUCCCCCUGGUCUUUGAUGGCGAGUUCUUCAACAUCCUUCAGAGCGAUGUUGACAGUCUGGACAUCCUCCAGCAGCAGGAAGAGAAGUCCAUGGAAGGUGACAUUACCGUUCUCGGCCACGAUGUCUCGGCCGUCACGAGGCCGGCCAAGUUCUCCAAGUCGGACCUCAACCGCUGGCGAGAGAUUUUCGACGUUUAUGUCGAUGCUCAAGUCUUCUUCUCCUCUCACGAGCUCGACCACGGCUCUCGGUCGAGCGCAAAAGCCGUGCAAAACCUCGUGUGGUUCCAGAGGGAGAUCCAAAGGCGGGACCUGUUGAACAAGUUCAAAAUGCCGUCCAGCAGGCUCGCUUACACCCGCUUCCUGCAGCUCAACGCCACUUUGCUCCAGAACCUAAAGUUCCAGGAGAUCAACAAGACAGCCAUCAACAAAAUCCUCAAGAAGUUUGACAAACGGACGAGCCUCGGUGCAUCUGUCUCAUUCCGCGCAGCGGUCCGGUCGCAGAGGUUUCUCGCCGGGAACGUGGCCAAGAAGAUGUGUGCUCAGCUCGCGCAGGAGGUGGUCUCGGUCGUGCCCCGGGUGGAUGACUACAACUGUCCGAUCUGCUUCUCCAUCGCCUGGUACCCCGUCCGCCUCAGGUGCUCACAUAUCUUCUGUGUUCGCUGCGUCAUCAAGAUGCAACGCGAAAACAAGAAGCAGUGCCCACUCUGCCGCGACGAGGUAGUCAUGGAGGCUGACCUGUCGAAUAUCGACAAGAACCUGGAAAAGUUCAUGCGGUUGUACUUUCGCCGCGAGACAGACGAGAAACAGAAGGCCAACGAGAUCGAGAGGGGCCGGGAGAUAUUUGGUGACGAAUACAAGCACUCGUCUUGUAAUGUGAUGUAGCGUUGGCAGACAACAUCUUGAUACCCAAGCAAGCGAUAUUCAGUAUGCUCUCAGCGGAAAUGGUGUCGGUUGACACACUCAUGAAUAGUACUAGUGGAUCACAAAAGCAAGCGCGACUACAUGCAAUCUACCAAUCUUGCAGGUGACGAACACGCACCAUUCAAUGUUGUGUUCAACAGGAGCUGACCUUGACGUGGCUGGAAGUUUAUAUCGGUGGAUCGCGGCAAACUCCUUUUUCGUACGGUCCGUCGUAGGGCUGUGGUUC